AUGAGCGGUAACGACGAUGGCGGAAUCGACUUUAAAUUGUACCGCUAUACACCGUCCCUCGUCGCAGCAGUUAUCUUUAUUGUUCUAUUCACCCUAACAACCGCCUACCACCUUUGGCAGACUGUUCGCCCGAGAUGUUGGUACUUUUUAGUCUUUGUGACAGGUGGGAUUUUCCAGAUAAUAGGAUACAUCUGUCGCGCGCUAGCCCAUUCUAACAAGGAAAACGUACCCAUCUAUGCCGUGGGAACUAUCAUGAUUCUUCUUGCGCCCCCUCUUUAUGCUGCCUCAAUAUACAUGACUCUGGGCCGCCUCAUCGGAUAUCUUGAUGCAGAGAGAUUAAGCCCAGUAUCUACCAAAUGGCUGACAGCAAUUUUCGUCACCGGUGAUGUGAUCGCAUUCCUCGCUCAAGGAGCAGGCGGCGGAAUCAUGGCAAGCGGCACCAUCAGCGCAAUGAACACGGGUGAGAACGUCACAAUCGCAGGUUUAUGCGUGCAACUGGUCUUCUUUAGCGUAUUCAUCAUUGUCGCUACCAUCUUCCAUUAUCGCAUUCGCAAGAAUCCAACUUCCAGAUCCGCGGGAACUUCCAUCUUUCCUCGUCAUUGGCGCGAGGCUACCUGGGAAACUGUGAUGUUAGGGCUAUACGGCGCCAGUGUUCUGAUUCUCAUUCGAUCGAUCUUCCGCCUGAUCGAGUAUGCACAGGGCAACGAUGGGUACCUAAUCAGCCACGAGGUAUUCAUGUACGUGUUUGAUGCGACGCUCAUGUUCAUCACUAUGGUGGGAAUGAGUUUGUUCCAUCCUUCGAAGGUUUUGAGUCCGUUGGCGAAGGCGGAAGCGUCUUUGGACAGAUCCUAUACGAUGACCACCGAGCUGCGCGAUGAGCCUGUAUGA